AUGUCAGCCAGUCACGUCAUAGUCCCCCUCGGUCUCCUCCACAUGAGGAAGAUUCAGAGGUGGUUCGGCCGUCUGCGCCUCGACCCAGUACGCCACAAAGGGCGCGUGCGCACGGUCCCGCCCUCGGUCCAAUCAGACCUGGAGUACUGGGGAACUCCCAGUGUGCUGACAAUGAGGGUUCCCCAGGGCAGAGCCACGUCACACGUCCCGGUGCUCACAGACGCGUCUCUGCUCGGCUGGGGUGGCACGUGCCUGUCUCAGGCCGUGGGAGGACGGUGGGAUCACACCCCGUCUCUCCACAUCAACUGUCUGGAACUAGCCACGGUGCUGAAAGUGGUGAAGCACUUUGCACCGGUGCUGAGGGGCAGACACGUCAUGAUACGAUCAAACAACAUGACAGCCGUCGCGUACAUAUACCGGCAAGGCGGUGUUCGCUCUGCCUGGUUGCUGGAGAUUGCACGGGAACUCCUGCUCUGGGCACAUCAGAACUUGCUCUCCAUCAGAGCCGUACACGUCCCUGGCGAGCAGAACCGCGCCGCGGACCUCAUGUCGCGGGGCAGACCUCAGCCCAACGAGUGGAGGCUGAACCCUGGCACAGACACUGUGGGACAGGUUCGGCCGAGCGGUGGCAGACCUGUUCGCAGCGCGCGGGAACGCGCAGUGCCGCCUCUGGUUCUUGAUCUUGGUUCCCGAACAUGGUUCAGCUGCUGGCGGGGGAUCCCUGGCAGCUCCCCCGAUGGGGAGACGCGCUCUCCCAGCUGGACGGCGGAUCCAGCAGUGCCCUGUGAUCGGCCAGCGGCUGUGGGCCUGGCCCCUGAGCGGGAGUGUCUGGAGAGCAUAGGCUUGCCCCCAGCGGUGGUGCACACUAUUCAGUGCACCAGAGCACAAUCUACUACGGCCUCUUACGCAGCAAAAUGGUCAGUUUUUCAGCAUUGGUGCAUGGAGAAGGACACAGCUCCCACCUCCUGCCCAGUGGCUCAGGUGCUGACUUUCCUUCAGACCCUGGUUGAAAGAAACCUGGCUCUGUCUACUGUAAAAGCGCAUGCUGCCACCAUCUCGUCAUGCCUUGGCGACAGAACCGUAUUCACACACCCACUGGUAAAACGUUUUCUCAGAGGUGUGGGCAGACUGAGGCCCGUGAUGCACACGAUGGCGCCACAGUGGAACCUGCCUCUGGUUUUACGCGCGCUCAACCAGCCUGCUUUUGAGCCCAUGGCACACAUCUCUCUCAAACACCUCUCCCUGAAGACAACGCUUCUCCUAGCCGUGACUUCGGUCAAGUGCGUGGGCAACCUGUGCGCACUUUCUGUCUCACCGGCGUGCCUCCUAAUCUGCGGGGACGGCAGCACGGCCAUUCUCAGACCGAACCCCGCGUAUGCGCCUAAAAUAAUCUCCUCCUCCUACCGAUCCAGGGUUAUUUCCCUGGAGGGGUUCUUCCCUCCUCCUCACAGGGACGAGUCGGAGAGGAACCUCCACACCCUCUGCCUGGUGCGCGCUCUGUCCCACUACGUGGGGCGCACGGCAGUUGUCCGGCAGACACAACAGUUGUUUGUGCAUUACAGAGGCCGCUCUCUCGGGCAGCCCCUGACAAAACAACGGCUAUCCCACUGGCUGUGUGAAGCUAUUACACAGGCUUACGUGACAGCCGGGAACAACCCCCCACCAGACAUCAGAGCCCAUUCUACGCGGGCCAUCGCGUCCUCCACUGCCCUUUUUAGAGGCAUGGCUGUGGAGGAUAUCUACACAGCAGCUUCAUGGGCUUCCCCAUGUCCCUUCACCCGGUUUUACCUUCGGGACACAUCUCAGUUCUCACUGGCUCACUCGGUUCUGAGUAUCGCACGUGACGCUGGGCCCCCUCCCCGUGACGCCACCCCAGCUUACAGAGCUCCCAUCUGCCGGGAGAAGUGUAGCACCAUGCGCAUGGAGGUGGAGUGUGAAAGGCGUGUGGCGGCUCUCUGUAGCCCAGCAAUAGAGCGUGAUUUCCAGGUGUACCAGGGGCACGAGCUCCCAAUGGGAUUUUAA